AGAGUGGGAAAUAAUCAGUUAUCUUCAACACUUCGCGAAAUCUGCAAAGAUAAAUAUAAAAGCUGUGUUAUCAAAACACUCAAACGAUUGGCAUAUAAAAAGCCAACAUAAUGCCGACUAACAGCAACAGUAUUAACUAAACAGUUUGUGUUAACACAACUGAGUCCAAAAUCGUAAUAUCGUAAAAAUAUAGCAAAAAUCCAAAACCCAGUUAAACAAAAUGAAGCCUAUUCUUGUUAGCAUACUCUUCCUAAUUGUCGCUUUGGCUAGCGUUGCCAUUGCUGCCAACAGCUCGUGGGGUACUCGUUAUUCGUCGGAUGUUUUAUUGCUACGUGAGAACGUCGUGCGUACACCGCUUAAGAAUGGAUACCAAAGUGCUAAUGUGGAUUUCCCCAAAUCGUGUCAAGUCAGCAACCGCACUAUUUCAGCCAUUUACAUUUACGAUCGCUUCACAAAUAGUUCUGGCGCUUACGCGAGUUUGUGGUCCGGCGGUCCAGGCUAUCGUUUUGCCUCCAUCAAUUUGAAGAGUCAAUAUAAUCGCGGCAUUAACUCGACUGUGGAAAUUUAUGGCAAAAAAUAAGUACAUACAUACUUAAGCUAGCUCUCACGCAAAUUUUCAAUCGAUUGUACAGAGUUGUAACUGGAUACUUCAGUUGCAAUAAGGCAACCUCACGCGUGCAUUUGUAAUGUGAUUCUUCUAAGUAUGUGACAGAGUUUUAUAAGAAUUUUAUU